AGACAAUUUCACACAAUCAAGAGCCCUGCGCUCAGGAAAGACAGAGAGGAGGAGUCACACAUCUGCACGGAGUGAUAGAGUGAGAGAGAGAGAGAAAGAGAGAGAGAGAGAGAGAGAGAGAGAGAGAGAGAGAUUGAUUUUAAUUCCAGACUCACCGGGUCUCUCCAGACAGACAGCCAGCCUGACUCCUCCCCCUCUCCCUGCCAUGCCCCGCCCAUCCAACCACAGCGCCUGGCUCCCCCAGGGGGCGGGGCACGCAAACCACACCCCCCAGCUCCCGGCCCCCUCGGACUGCGACUACACGGACUGGGCUGCCAGUCUCGCCAUCAUCCCCUCUAUCUACCUGCUGGCCUUCGUUGUCGGUUCCCUGGGCAAUGGGCUGGUCCUGAGAGUGUACCUGCCCUGGAGAAGCGAGAGGGGCGGGCCCCGGGAGAACCUCCCACACCGGGGGGGCCCGGGAGGCAGGAGCAGGGGCCUGACAAACACUUUCAUUGCUAGCCUGGCGCUGGCCGACCUCUCCUUCGUCUUCACGCUUCCCCUCUGGGCCGCUUACACAGCCCUGGGGUACCACUGGCCCUUCGGGGCACCGCUGUGCAAACUCAGUAGCUACCUGGCAGUUGUGAAUAUGUACGCCAGCGUGUUCUCCCUCACCGGCCUCAGCGUGGAGCGCUACCUCGCCGUCGUCCGGUCUCUCUCCGCGGGGGCGGGGCCCAGAGGGGGCCCCAGGGGGUCCUGGAUUCGGCUGGCCCCCGUGCUCUGCGUUUGGGCGCUGGCUGGCGUCCUGGGCCUGCCUGCGUUGGUCUUCCGGACAGUUAGGAGCCACAGUUUUGAGGACUACGACGAGGAGUGGGAGGGAGAGCCGGGGUCCUGGACAGCCUGCGAGAUGGACUACUCUCUCUCCUCCUCGGAGGCCAGCUGGAACGCCGCCCUGGGGCUGACGUCCACGGCUCUGGGGUUCGUCCUGCCCCUGGUGGUUAUGCUGCUCUGCUAUUGCUCGGUGGGGCUGGCCGUGUCACGGCACUUCGGCCGCUGGGGGGCGGGCGGGAAAACCGCAAACGGGACGGGCUCCUCCUCGCGGAACAGGCGACAGCAGAGGAGGCUGCUGACCAUAAUCGCCACGCUGGUGGCCGCGUUCGCGCUGUGCUGGCUGCCUUACCACCUGAACAAGACCCUCUCCAUCCUCACGGAGCUGGAGGCGCUGCCCUACGCCUGUGCCUUCGACCGCUUCCUGCUGCUGGCGCACCCCUACGCCACCUGCCUGGCCUACAUCAGCAGCUGCCUCAACCCGCUGCUCUACGCCUACCUGGACCCCGCCUUCCGCCGGAGCUGCGCCGCUCUCAUUGGCUGCUGCCGCCCGGGCCCCGCCUUCAAGGCCAAGAUCGCGGCCGUCAGGAGGGGAGGGGGAGGGGGAGGGGUCGAGCCCUCCAGCGCUUCCGAGGAGAGGAGGGACUGUCAGGAGACGGAGCUCCCGCCCCCGUCGCCCCCGGUUACCGUCUGUCAAGUUUAGGCGAGGAAGCUGCAUUCUUUCUAAGGGGAGAGAACUACAGUGUGUAUCUAUGUAUAUAUUUGUCUGUGUGUGUGUGUCUGUGUGUG